AUGCAGCUCCAGCGUCACCCGCGUGAGUCCCUCACCCCCCACCAGCUUCGUGAGUGGUACGCUCAGAGUAGAGGGUCGCUGAGUAGUGCUCGCUGCCCGUACGUUAUUAGCACGGGUGUCCGGACUGGUGCUGGUGAGUCUGCUCUCUCAGGUACUACGUCGGCUCAGGCCUUACACACCUUCACCCUUGACUCGGGUGCUUCCCGCUCCUUCUUUCGAGACCGCACCACGCUUACGCCGCUUAGUCGGCCGGUUGCGGUCUCCCUGGCGGACCCCUCUGGGGGUCCUGUCCUUGCUAGCUUCUCCACUCUCUUACCGUGCCCGGCAGCCCCCUCUGGCACCCUGUCAGGUCUUUACCUCCCCUCGUUCUCUACGAACUUGGUGAGUGGAGCUGAUCUACAGGAUAGGGGGGUUGACCAGUUCACUCCUGCGAGUCAGCGGGUGACCCACUGCACGUGUGCUCGGACAGGCCGACACUUGGCCACGUUCACCCGUCGGCCGGGGUCGAGCCUGUACACACUUACUACUGAGUCUCCUCCGGCUGCUGAGUCUGGUCAGGUAGCUGCGUCGAGUCAGGUGUUUGCUGCAGCGUCCAGGUCUGGUCCUGAGUCUGCUCCCUGCUCGUGUCGUCUCCUGUCCCACCAGACUCUCCUUUGGCACCACCGCCUUGGUCACCCCUCCCUGCCUCGUCUCCGAGGCAUGGCCUCCCGUGUCCUUGUCUCUGGUCUCCCCCGGUCCCUCCCUCCCCUCCCUCCGGGGCCUGCCCCUACCUGCGUUCCCUGCGUCGAGGGGCGGCAGCACGCCGCCCCUCACUCCUCCGAGUUUCCUCCGACAGAGUCUCCCCUGCAGACUCUUCACAUGGACGUGUGGGGCCCCGCCCGCGUCCGUGGCCAGGGUCACGAGCGUUACUUCCUGCUGGUGGUUGACGACUACUCGCGUUACACCACGGUGUUCCCCUUGCGCAGCAAGGGUGACGUCACUGUGAGGCGGGGAGUUUUCCUCUGCCCGUCUGGGAGCCUUCUGUCGAGCACAGGGCAUCCGCCAGACCUUCACGCUUCCGGCCUCUCCACAGCAAAAUGGGAUUGCUGA